AUGGCCCCUCUCCCCGUGUCCCUGUCCCCUCUCCCUGUGUCCCUGUCCCCUCCUCUGGCAGCAGUCAGGUCUCCCAGGCUGUGGGCCCCCCACCCCUCUGACUGUCCACCCCGUCUCCCCGCAGAGAGCCAUCUGUCCCUCCUGUACCACCUCACAGCUGUGUCUUCCCCCGCCUCGGGGUCCCCCGCCUUCUGGGUGUCCGGCUGGCUGGGGCCGCAGCAGUACCUGAGCUACAGCAGCCUGCGCAAGGAGGCGGAGCCCUGCGGGGCCUGGGUGUGGGAAAACCAGGUGUCCUGGUACUGGGAGAAGGAGACCACAGACCUGAGAAACAAGGAGAGGCUCUUCCUGGAUGCCCUCAGAGCCCUGGAGGGAGAAGGCCCCUACACCCUGCAGGGCCUGCUGGGCUGUGAGCUCAGCCCUGACAACGCCUCGGUGCCCACGGCCCUGUUCGCCCUGAACGGCGAGGACUUCAUGCAGUUCCACCCCAGGAACGGCAGCUGGACGGGCGACUGGCCCGAGGCCCUGACGAUCAGCACGCAGUGGCAGCAGCAGGCCGAGGCGGUGGCCAGGGAGAGGACCUUCCUGCUCAGCUCCUGCCCACAGCGGCUGCUGGACCACCUGGAGCGGGGCCGCAUGAACCUGGAGUGGAAGGAGCCACCUUCCAUGCGCCUGAAGGCCCGGCCUGGCAUCGCUGGCUUCUCCGAGCUCACCUGCAGCGCCUUUUCCUUCUACCCACCGGAGCUGCAGCUGCGCUUUCUGCGCAAUGGGCUGGCAGCUGGCAGCGGGCGGGGCGGCUUCGGCCCCAAUGGUGACGGCUCCUUCCACGCGUGGUCAUCGCUCAUGGUGCAGCGCGGCGAUGAGCACCACUACCGCUGCCUGGUGCGGCACGCAGGGCUGCCGCAGCCCCUCUUGGUGGAGCUGGAGUCGCCAGCCGAGUCCUCCGUGCUGGUGGUGGGCGUCGUCGUGGGCCUCUUGCUGCUGGUGGCCGCGGCCGUGGGAGGAGUUCUGCUGUGGCGGAGGUUCACUCCCCAUGGAUCAGCGCCCUGGAUCUCCCUCCGCGGGGACGACAUCGGGGCCCUGUUGCCCGGCCCCGGGCUGUCCCCGGAGCCCGACUCUUCAGACGCCAAUGGCGCCGCCUGACGUCCCCAGCCGAUGCUGUCGUCUCUGCUGUGAGACCCCUGGAAUCCUGGAUCUCUGAGCCUCCAGAACAAGUGUUGGGCCCAGCUCCCCAUGGAGCCUCCCCCGGGUCUGCCUCAGUGCCCCCUCCCAACAUCUUGGGCCCCUUUCCACCUUCACAUAUAAACGCGAGUUUGGGCCCAAAUCUGUGUGUUCUCGAU